AUGACCAGCCACAGCAACCUCCUCGGCGGCGCGAUUGCGUUUGGCGUCGCUGUCAUCUCCAACUAUGGCAUCAACCUCCAGAAGCAGCUCCAUCGCACGCUGGCGCGUGACGGCGACUGGGACAUCUCCUACACGCGUCACUGCGUCUGGUGGUGGGGCAUGUUUCUCGUGACCCUCGGCUCGGUCGGCGACCUCGUCGCCUUUAGCUUCGCACGCGCCGCGGUCGUCGCGGCCGUUGGCGGCGUCACGACCAUCAUCGCCAACGUCGUCUUCGCGCAAUGCGUCAACCACGAGCCGGUGCACAAGACCGACAUGCUCGGUAUCGCAUCCUUGAUUGGAGCUGUCAUCCUUCUCGCCGUCGCCUCCCGCGACGAGGCCAAUUACGACGUGACGGCGCUCUUGGGGCUCUUUGGAUCGCACGUGUACUUGACCUACGUCGGUCUCCAGGUGCUCCUGCUCGUCACGCUUGGCGCGCGCCUCUACCACACGCCGCGCGAGAGCGUCAAGUCGCUCUGCUUUGCCGCCAUCUCGGGCACGGUUGGCGCCAUGACGUACGUUGCGUUUUCCGAUGGUGUCUUUUACGGUGUCGCGCUUGCGUUGGUGGUUUGCGUUGCGAGCCAAACACACUGUUUGAACCGCGCGGUGUCCAAUGGCGACAUCAUGGCCGCGCUUCCCAUCUUUCAAAUGUUCUGGAUUGGCUUGGCCGUGGUUGGCGACAUUGUCUUCUACCACACGUACACGUCGUUUACGACCAACGACUGGCUCUUGUACCUCGUGAUCCUCGGGCUCAUGGUCGUCGGCUGCACGUGCGUCGCCUCGUCGCGCCUCUUUAGCGCCACAGACGACAACUACCUGGCCGUCAGCGACGAGCAAAUCGAAAAAAAGAUGCUGCACGACGACGCCUAUGUAUACUUGUAA